AUGGACAACUACAGAACGGAAAUAAACAUACCGAUAUCAAGAGAUAAGCGAACAUUCGAACAGCGCCGAAAGGAUAUGCUUAGUAAUCUUGAACGUAGUUACAGUAAGCAUUCAAGAACCGACAUCCACAAGAAUUCAAGUUCCGAGUCAUCAGUACCCCUAACUGAAUCAACUAUAAGUGGAUCAAAUCGUCAUAUUAGUGAUUGGGAUGAUGAAGUCAAUCGCUGGAUUAGUGAAACACGUAGCAAGUGGAGCGAAGACAUGAAGCGAAUGAGACAGUCCAUGUUCGCUUUAGAGCCUGUUGAUGAUUUUGAUCUUGACCACUGGGGUAAUUUUGAACCGAUUCAUUCACUUGAUGAUCCAUCAACUAUGAUGGAACAAAUGGAACGUCGAAUGGAAUCAUUACGACAAAAAAUGGGAACUAUGUCCAGUUUUGGUCCAUCACAUUUUUCUGGUCCUAAUAGUUCAACUAUGCAAACAUCAAGUUCACGUAUAACAUCAUCUACAUCUCAUAGUAGCGGUAGUGAUCCAAAAAAUAUGGUGACAAAAAGUAAUGUUGUAGAGUCUACACAACAUACACGUACAGUAAAUGGUGAGACAACAACAACUUCAAGCCAUUCUAGUUCAUCAUCUAAUACAUCAGGAUUACCAGGCAGUAAAAUUAAUGUGACUAAUACUCCAGGAAGUUUAAUUUCACAAACGAGUGUCCCAUGUGGCAUGAUGGAUUUUCUCAAAGAUGCCUAUGAAUUAGGUGAUGAUGGAAAGGUACAUUUUAAAGUACGAUUUGAUGCAAAAGAUUUUUUACCAGAAGAUAUUGAAGUGACUACAGUUGAUAAUCAUCUACGAGUUCAUGCUAAAAAAUCAAUUAAAUCAGGCAAUUCAACAACUGUACGUGAAUUUCAUCGUUCUGUUGAUUUACCACGAUCAAUUGAUCAUGAAAAUUUUCAAUGUCAUAUGACAGAGGAUGGUGUAUUGAUACUAGAUGCACCUGUUAAAGCUCCUGACUAUCGAACAAUUACAUUUCAAGAUGAUCGUCAACUUGGCAUCCGACCACGUGCUGAAUCUGAGAUAAAAGCCACUCCUAAUAGUAAUAAAACACCAGUCUGUUUAACUGUAACCGGUUGUUCUGAACCAACAAUAAUGAAAGAUGGCAUCAAUGGAAGAAAACUACAUCUUGAAGUCACUGUAGAUCCAAUUUAUAAAGCUGAUGAAUUAUGCGUUCGUAUGGAUUCUAAUCGUAUAGUUAUAACUGGUUGUCAAAAGAAAACUGAAGCAAAAUCAACUUCCACUGCCGAAUUCACUCAGUCAUUUGAAGUUCCUGAAACAGUAGAUCCAUUUUCAGUUACUGCUCAAUUGAUUGGAACAACACUUGUCGUUGAAGCGCCAUUAUUAUGCACAGUUUAG